AUGGAGUCUAAUUAUGUAAGAGUCGGUGGCUGGUCAAGCACAACUGGGAUCCAGGGAGCCCCCACCCCCCACAUAGCAUGUAUAAUUAAGACUAUGAAUAUUUGCAUAGCAAGUAUACAAAUGCAAAUUCUAAGCCAAAUCUAUCAUUAAUUUUAAGAAUAGAACUGUUACAUAUAAAUAUAGUUAGGGUGUCUGAUAUCUUCAUCGUUUAAAAAAUAGUUGAUAGAUAUAAAUUUUCUUUAGUACCAAGCAGAAUGUGUAAAUAUUUAUUUAAGUAUAGCUUCUGAAUAAAUGCUUUGAAUUAGAUAAUUAUUGACAUUAGAUAAGGUAUUUAAUAUGAAUGAAAGUUUUUCUCUUAUUUUUUAUUACAAUUUUUUGCCUAAAAGUUAGAGAAAGAUGCAAAGAAAGAAGUAUAUUUUAUUUAAAUUGAAUAUUAAUCUUUAAAGAUUUCAUGCAAUUAAAGUUAAGGUGGAGAGAAAUUAUAUUAAACCGAAGUAAAUGAAUAUUAAUAAUAAUAAGGAUUUUGACUGAAUGGCAUAUAAAUGGUCAACACAAAACAGAAUAAGUAUGAAUCCCGGAAGUAGGGUACAAGAGAAUCCAUCCAGAAUCGCCAAAAAAAUUCAAAAAAGUAUAAAAGCAGUAGAAAAGCGCUUUCCAUAGAGUGCACUCCUUAUGAAGUGCAUGUGCAAAGCUAUAUAGCAUUAAAUUGAUUUUAUAAACAAAGGGUAGAAUGUGUAUCAUGAAUAAAUUAAAAAAGAGGUAAGCCUGCUCCACAUAAUAAUAUUUCAUCUAACGUAUUAAUUAAAGGAAUAUUAUAUGGAGACUAUAUGCGGAAUUCAUAAAUUAUUAUUAUAUUUUUUAUAAUUUAUUAAAUGCUUUAACUUUUUUUGAUGCAUAUAUUUUUUUAUAAUUAUCACAAUUCGCUAUCUUUUUACUAAUAUCCCAGUGACUGUGUGUGGGGGAGGUGGGGGAGGUGGGGGAGGUGGGGGAGGUGGGGGAGGUGGGGGAGGGUGGGGGAGGUGGGGGAGGUGGGGGAGGUGGGGAGGUGGGGGAGGUGGGGGAGGUGGGGGAGGUGGGGGAGGUGGGGGAGGUGGGGGAGGUGGGGGAGGUGGGGGGAGGUGGGGGGUCCCGGGGUCCCAGUUGUGUCGGACCAGGUGGCAAAUACGUUUUGAGAAAAAGAAUAGGCGGAGGAUCAUUUGGAGACAUUUUCUUUGGGUCGAAUUUAGAAACCCAAGGAGAUGUGGCCAUUAAGCUAGAAAAUUUGAACUCAACCUUUCCUCAGCUUGUAAAUGAAGCCAAAAUUAUUAGAAGUCUUAGAGGAGAAGGAGUCCCAAAGGUGUUCUGAUCUGGAACUGAAGGAAAUUAUAACAUUAUGGUUAUGGAGCUGCUAGGGCCAUCAUUAGAAGAUAUUUUUAAGACGCAAGAUAGAAGAAUGUCAACAAAAUCAGCAUGUAUGAUUUGUGAUCAGAUGAUACAAAGAAUAGAAACUAUCCAUAAUCAAGACUAUAUACAUAGAGACAUAAAACCUGAAAAUUUUUUAUUUGGGCUGAACGACAAAGAAAGCACUGUUUAUAUUAUCGAUUUCGGACUAUCAAAAAAAUAUAGAGAAAGUAAAACAAAGCAGCACAUUCAAUACAAAGAUAAAAAGAGUUUAACUGGCACUGCGAGAUAUGCGUCAGUAUAUGCCCAUCAAGGCAUAGACCAAACCCGUAGAGACGAUUUAGAAGGAAUAAUAUACGUUUUCAUAUACUUUUUAAAAGGCGAAUUACCUUGGCAAGGCUUGCAUUUAAAAAACAAACAAGAAAAAUACAACAAAAUUAUGAGUGUAAAAAUGAGCACCACUGUAGAAAAUUUAUGCAAAGGCUGCCCUUCUGAAGUAGCACAUUUACUUAAUUACUGUAAAGGACUGAGAUUUGAAGAGAAUCCAAAUUAUAAUUAUAUGAGAGAGCAGCUUGCUUCUGUUGGACGAAAAGAAAAUUUUAAUUUUGAUUUGAUUUUUGAGUGAAAUAAAUUCAAUCAUGCCCGUGCUCCAGAAAAAAAACAAGCGGGCCAGCCAGCUUUGAAAGAAGCAGAACCUCAAUCACAACAAAAACACAAAAAACAAUUAAAAAAACCAAGAAAAAAACAGGGAAAUGCACAGCAAGAAAUAGAAGGCGAAAAAAAUCCAGAAAACCAAGGAGAAAUUAGAGAAGAUGACUGCGAAACUGUAGCAGGCCAUAGAUGACCAGAAUUCUGUGACCGGCAAAAAAUUUUCAGUUUUAGGCUAAAAAGUGGAGAAAAUUCUCCUAUGAAAGUGGAAACUGAAGAAAAUACAGUAGGAAAAAGAAGAGAUAGUGGCUGUAUAUUGUUUUAA